CUAAACCAUGGGGGCGGGGUUAUGGCGAAGUGCUGUCCAUCUGUGUUGAUACGGUUGAUACAGAGCUAAAAAACUGGACUAACGGAGCGUCUACUUGCGUUUAUGUUCCCAUGGACUAAUAUUGUUUUGUACACUGAGGAAAAACUUUUUCAGCGGCUGCGUUUUUUUUUCUUUUAAAAAUCCGCCUUCCACUCCACUGGAUCGGGAAAAUUUUGGCGACCUGGCUCCCACAUUUGGGCCCCGCUCUGCUACUGCACGAAGUGAAGGUUGAUAUGCCACAUCAGUGAUGGAGCCCAUGACGGUGACGACGUCAGUGGUCGGACCGGACGAGUUCGAUCGCAAUGCCCCGCGGAUCUGUGGGGUGUGCGGGGACAAGGCCACUGGCUUCCACUUCAAUGCCAUGACCUGUGAGGGCUGCAAGGGCUUCUUCAGGCGCAGCAUGAAACGUAAAGCCUCCUUCACCUGUCCAUUCAAUGGAAGCUGCACCAUCACCAAGGACAACCGACGUCACUGCCAGGCCUGUCGUCUCAAGCGCUGCAUUGACAUUGGCAUGAUGAAAGAAUUCAUACUGACGGACGAGGAGGUUCAAAGGAAAAAAGAAAUGAUAAUGAAGAGGAAAGAGGAGGAGGCAGCCCGCGAGGCAAUGAGGCCCCGGCUGAAUGAGGAGCAGACUCGCAUCAUCUCCUGCCUGGUGGAAGCUCACCACAAGACCUAUGAUGCCUCCUAUUCUGACUUCUCCCGCUUCAGGCCUCCAGUGCGUGAAGGACCAGUUACACGCAGUGCCAGCAGAGCUGCCUCUCUUCACUCUCUGUCUGAUGCCUCCUCUGACUCAUUCAACCACUCACCUGAGUCUGUGGACAGCAAAAUGAACUUCAGCAACCUGUUAAUGAUGUACCAGGACGGUGCUAGUAGUCCAGACUCCAGUGAGGAGGACACUAAGCUUUCCAUGCUGCCCCACCUGGCUGACUUGGUCUCCUACAGCAUCCAGAAGGUGAUAGGGUUCGCCAAGAUGAUCCCAGGCUUCAGAGACCUAACAGCAGAGGAUCAGAUUGCUCUGUUGAAGUCAAGCGCCAUAGAGAUCAUCAUGCUUCGUUCAAACCAGUCAUUCAGUCUGGAGGACAUGUCCUGGAGCUGUGGGGGACCUGACUUUAAAUACUGCAUUAAUGACGUUACAAAGGCCGGUCACACUCUGGAGCUGUUGGAGCCACUGGUGAAGUUCCAAGUCGGUCUGAAAAAACUGAACCUGCACGAGGAGGAGCAUGUGCUGCUCAUGGCCAUCUGCCUGCUCUCCCCAGAUCGUCCUGGUGUCCAAGACCACGCCCGCAUCGAACAGCUCCAGGACCAUCUGUCAGAAGUGCUGCAGGCCUACAUCCGGGUUAACCACCCAGGCGGACGCCUCCUCUAUGCCAAGAUGAUCCAGAAACUGGCUGACUUGCGCAGCCUGAAUGAGGAGCACUCCAAGCAGUACCGCUCACUGUCCUUCCAGCCAGAGCAUAGCAUGCAACUCACCCCAUUGGUGCUGGAAGUAUUUGGCAGUGAGGUGUCAUAGCGGAGGAGGAGGCACGUGUGCAUACGUACACACACUCAUCACACACAUAAUGAUUAACCAACCCUUGCUGCCUUUUCCCCAACGAAACCGCAGCCCAGAUAAAACCCUGGUCAUGUGGGAGAAAGAUGGAUAAUCAGACAGUAACCUUCAUCUCUUCAUUAUCUUUCUAUCCUCCUUCUCCUGUAUUCAAGCAGCAAGGAAUCAGCUGACUGGACUACUGAAUUUACUAUUUGUUUCUGCCACACUUACAGUAGUAGACAACCAGACUAUAGUUUGGCCUCUGAAUUUGUAGACUCAGCUCCACAUUAAAUUUCAUUACAUCAGGCAGACUCAUUGACAUCCUGAUCCUCUCUGCAUCCACAGACUCCCAAAGCCACAUGUUCUCAUCUCCACCCUUCCUUGGAAACAACUAAAUACUAAUACUUAGCAUUUUUCUUAGUGGGGACAGCUUGAUGGAUGUUGCUGUCACCCUUUUACCAUCAUCCUAGUGCAGUAACAUGCUCCACAUUCAUACAACAAUUGUGAGGAAUAGCUGCACAGAUCUACCCUAGCUAGGUAAUAAAUUGGGUUCAGAUAGCUGUAAACUAUUUUUGGUUUAUGAUUUUUUAACAGCAAAGACAUCCAAAAACAUUUGACUUAACAAGCCAUGGGCAAGAUUGGAAUAGAAAACUCUAGGUUUAUUAGUUUGAAGAUACUUGGCUGCAAUGUAAUUGAGAAGAUGUGUUUUCCAGAUAUACCAUUUGUAUCUGUGUAUGUGCAAGAGGAGGUCUCAGAUAGUCUCAUGAAGAAAGAUGUCUAAGUAAGAUUGUUUCGUUAUGGUGAUGGUGGAGAAAUGUGAGAUUUGGAAGAACGAGGAAAGGAGGUUGGAUAGAUAGAGGGAGGUGAUCUAUUUGGAAUUCCCUGUUCACAAGACAAAAGGGAAUUUCAUAAAACAAGAAUGUAUGUAUAAUGCUAUAUAAAUAUAUGAUACAUAUAAGCUGAUAUAUAUUUAAGAGAGCAAAACAUUGGUUGCUUCCAUGGAAGCAAAUAGUUCUGAUAGUUGUAUAAUGUAAAGGAUUUGAAGACCCUUCCUCUGUUCCGCGUGCGUGCGUGCGUGCGUGUGUGCGUGUGUGUGUGUGUGUGUGUGUGUGUGUGUGUGUGUGCGUGCAUGUGACACGGACUGAGAAGUUUGUUGGGGAGGGGGUCUAUAUUUGCGAUAUAUGUACAGUGUAUGAGGAUAUUGAUGGAUCACAAGGGGGCUGGUGUCCAGGCUCUGACUGAGGGUCUAGUGCAGGGAAGCACUUCUCUGUUGGAUUUACUCAUAUUUGGACCUGUGAAGUUUAUAUGACAUACAUAAACACAGCUUCAUGUUUCGUGGAUAAUGAUUAUCCAAAAAUAUUUGUUCGGCUGGUUAGAUUGCUGCUAAGACAGUUAGAGCUAGAUAGUUGGACAGAAACCAACUACCAGCUGUAGCCUCAGGGAAAAGUUUGUCUGACAAUAUUGUGUGUUCAUGGAGUGUGUGGCGUAAGCUUACAAUCAUGAGACAGAGAUUGUUUUUGCAGCUCUAGGCAUCACUGUGAUUUCUAAUCAUACUAAACUACAGCAUAAGGAAGCUAAAAGAGAAACUUUUUAAAAUAAUGAUUACUGCAAGAUUUUCAUUCCUAAGCUCAUCUGAUCAGUUAAAAUUUUAUGAAAUGAUCUGCAUGACUGUACAGUCCAUUAGAAAACAUGAUAAAGCCAACAUGAAAUGGCUACAUUUUUAAAUACAAACUCAUGUCAAACAUUUAUAUCAGCCUUACAUUUAGGGAUUUUUCAGGGCAAACUGAAUAAUCUACGGAUGGUAGCAAUAUACAGUAGUUAAAACAGUGUAUGCCCUGUUGUGUUUUUGGAAGGCGCUUAAUAGCAGGGCAGAGAUACGAAGCAUGACAGUGAACUUUUUAUAUUAAACAUGAAAAGCCUCAGACCUUUUUUGUCACAUUUAUAUCAUUUCAACACCAGCCACAUAAGCGAGGUUUGGGAUGUUCAUUUUCAACAUCACUACAUAUCUUAUCACAUUUCUGUUGACAUGGUGCAUGCUCACACCUCAUGCGGGCCUGGACAACCCCCUUGUGGAUAAACUUUGUAAAUACCACUUGCUAAAUCUGUACAUAGAGAUUUAUGUAGGUAAAAUACUAAGAGAAUUCAAUUGUUGAUGGCAAGAUGCUCUGGAGAUACAAUGCUAUAUGCAAUUAGGAGAUGAACUCUGUUGUUGUAUUCAACUAGAAUGGACAGAGGUGGCAGUUCUGGUCAAGGUGCCGAGUUGUGAAAGGGAGCACUGAAGAAGAUUGUCGGAUUUGAGCGUAACUGUAUGAGAACUUAUAUGUUUGACUGAAACUUUUGUCAUCUAUCUCGAGGCAAGUUAUACCAGCUUCAAAACAAAACCACCAGUUAGGGGCAGAUUUCCCACACCAACACAGCCAAAUAAAAAUUAGGAAAGAACUUUACUCAGCCCGUAAUAAGGGGUCAUCAGUGAUGGGACUUGGAAAUCUGAUGUGUUAUGAUUGCAAAGACUUCAAAUGACUGAACAUUCCCAGUGGUAUUUGUCGUGAGCAUUCCAGCUGGCUAAGUCUUAUGCAUCAUAUCCACACAGUACACCAGUGAACAUCAUUCACUCUCCGGCUCCCUUUUAAAGGAUCCCACCACCUCAGUACAUUAUCAAGUGCCCACUCUGUCCAUUCAUUCUUAUGGAUGUAUGUCUUUUCUCUCUAUUUCUAAUGUCUAUUGGUAAGCUUUUGACAAUUAUACAGUAUAUCCAUAGUAUUUUCCUUUUGGUGAACAUCAGACUUUUUUUUCUUUUUGCUUGUUUCAAGAUUGUCAAUUUUAAUAUGUCAGUUUGCUGUCUAGCUAGCGGCAUGGCUUACUGUGCUGGAACCUUGUCAUAAUGAGGCAACGAUGAGCAAAGUGGACACCUGGAGCCUUUUAUAAAUACACCUGAACAAGCUCCUUGUCCUUUGGUCCUUGUCUCGAAGCGAAUCAUCGUGGAAUAGUCCUUUUCAACUAAUACUGUGACAUCACUUUGUUGUUUGGACUGGGAAAGGACUACUGGCGCUCAUUUUUCUUCUUUUUCCUAAUGGGAGGAAAACAGACUUUUCAGUGCAGUGGUGUUAAAGCCAGAGCUGUAAGCUCAAGGGAAAGAACACAGGUCAGCAAAGCCCUGUAUGCAAACAUCAGCUUUUCAGAAAUGGGACGUCAAUCACACUCAAGUGAUCAUAAACUAACAUUGCCUCAACUGACUGACACAGGAUUUAGCCAGUGGCAAACUGGUGCAGCAACAGCACAGGUGUGCCUCCUCAUUCAUCACUCAACCAUCUAACCAUUGGCUCUUCUUCAGCAAUAGCCAAUUACAGCAGGAUUACUCUUCAUAGCUUUAACUCAGCAGCCAGGCACUCUCUGAGUCGGGAAACUGUGGUGCACCAAGGGCUGAGGUUUAGAGGAACAGCUGCUGUGGAAUUGGAUGUGUCGCUUAAGUGGGAAAGUGACGCCAUAGUCAUUGCUCCUCUGUCCUAUUUGACCCAGGACACCUUUGGAUUGCACCUCAAGAAGACUGUGUAAAAGCCGUAUCAAAGAUCAUACAAGAUGAAAUAUUUUUAAAAAUGAGAGCUGCCACACGCAGACAUAUUGCCAUGGUGUACAGGCAGAGUGUACCGUCACUGACCGAGAUGUCGCCUCUUAAACCCAAAGUGUGACAUUAUCUUUCUAACUACUCUGUGUCUCGCAUCGCAGCUCUUGAAAUUCAGAUUUUUAAUCACUUGUCGUUUGUUGAAGAAACAUUGUUGAAAGAGUUUUUACAUUCAACAUUAACAUCAUCAUCAGUUUUAAAAUGGAAUGCAGGACCGGGUGAUGGGGUGAGAGUCGGCUCAGUUUUAAGGGUUCCCAGUGAAACUUCGGUUAUUUAUCUUUGCUGUGCUGCUGUUAGACAUUGGUUUUCCUCUGGGGAUACUUCUUAAUUGCCAUUAUUAAUGUUUAAAGUAAGUGUUGAACAUGGAGAAUAUUAUGCCUCCAGGAUGAUUUUGGCUUACAAUUGUUAAACUAAUGGUUAACACUGUAGCUGAUGCUAGAGGAUAUUAUUGUUCAGAUGAGCCCAGACAAGUUUGAAGUCUCUCACCCCUCACCCCUCCUUCUCUCAACCCAGGUCAGCAGCUCCACCUCAGUAGCCUUACUUACAGAAACCUCACUCAGCUGGAAACAUUUAACAGAUACCUCAGUAAUAUACAGAACAACUUUUCACAAUAGCCUUCAAGGAAACCAAACAUAAAUUAAUACAACACCUACACUCAAACAGACACACUACAACUCUUUCCCCAGCAGUGUUUUUAUGUCAAAUAUAGACUAGUAAUCUAGUUGCCAGUUGUUGUAUAAAGAAGGAUGUCCAGUAGAUUCCUGUUACCUGUAGGCCAGUCAGUAUACAAGCGGAUCCCAAUGUUUCUAAAUGUAAACUGUCACUUUCUCAUUUUUUCUGCUUUACUCACUUGAUA